ACCCAAUGCAAGAUGCUGCAGUUCCAGCUGGUUGUGGUGCAUUUGGCCCUUGUGAUUACCCUGCUGCAGUGGCACUCCAGCUCAGUGCUCCUUGCAGAGGCAGCUCCAGAGCCUUUGGAGCCGUCUGCAGCUCUGGGCAUGGGAGUACAUCCCAUUGCCAGUGAAGAGAAAUCAGCCACCAGCUUGGCAGCCAAAUUGUUCCUUCUUGAUGAGCUGGUGUCUCUGGAAAAUGAGGUGACCGAGACCAAGAAGAAAAGAAGUUUCCCAGGAUUUGGCUCCCCGAUCGACAGAAUUUCUUCAACUUCUAUGGACACUAAAGGAAAACAGAGGAAAGUGGUGGAGCUGCCUAAGAGACGAUUUGGAGUUCCUCUUGACCGGAUUGGAGUGAGCCGUCCUGGCAACACCAAGGGUUAGCAGUUCCUGCAAGUGCUUCUGUUCGGAAUGACUGAUGCUGUAGUGGAAGCAUUACAGAACUGUAGAAGAUGCAUCACAGCGUGCCUUGUCAUUGAUUAAUGAUAGCACACUCAUAGAAUUGAC